GCACUCUGUCGACCAGUCAACUCGCGUCGCAUCUGGAGAGGACCCAGCAGUCCACUAUGGCGGCGCCCGAUGGAACUUUAAACUGUGAGGACUUUUCAAUGUUUCAGGAGGUACUGAAGGUGAUGCGCACCAUAGAUGACCGCAUCGUCCACGCCCUGAACACCACCGUGCCCACAGUCUCCUUCUCGGGCAAAGUGGAUGCCACACAAACAUGCAAGCAACUCUAUGAAUCUCUGAUGGAGGCCCACCUGAGCCGAGACAAAGCCAUCAAGUCCUGUAUAGCCCAGACAUCUCAGGUGGUGGGACAGCUGCGUGAAGAGAGAGCAAAGGACAGCGAAAACCUGGUGCUCAUCAAGCAGCUCAGAAAGGAGCAGACCAAAUUAAAGCUGAUGCAAUCUGAGCUGAAUGUUGAAGAAGUUGUCAAUGAUAGAAGUCUGAAGAUCUUCAAUGAAAGGUGCAGAAUACACUACUUGCCUCCAAAGUGAAGCUCCGUCUGUGGAGAGGCGCUGCGUCACUUGAGGUUUGAAUCCAGGCUGGAGCUGAAACUGUGACCUGCUGCUGAGUCCUGACUGCAGGCGGUUCUCCCUCCGGACCACUGUGACCUCCUGUCCAACACACUUGUAUUCCAUUGUGAUCCUUGUUUCGCGUUACCACAGCUGUAAAACAAUCAUCCGUGUGCUUCUUUCAUGGGCAACAUUGUACAAAACGUUUUUUUAAAAAGACAAUGAAAUGUUUUCACUCUG